ACACACAUACAGUAACACACGAGUGAUGAUGUAGGCGGUGCGACGGACGGUAACGGCAGGGAAACGAAACUGCACCGAAUAUUAUUAUCACUGCAGCGGUUAACGGGCGUUUGACUCGAUUUAGACGAAAACAUUCGUGUUGUUGGUGACAGUUCGACAUGCAUCUACAUCAAGCUUUGUGCGCGUUCUAGUUACCAGAGACAAUCAUAAUGGCAGACUUAUAUUCAGAGAGCUGUUUGGAGCCAGAGCUCACCUGUCCCAUCUGUCUCCAUCUCUUCCUCGACCCGGUCACUCUUCCUUGUGCUCACAGUUUCUGCCUGGUUUGCCUUGAAACACCUGAUAGGGAUAAAACAUCUGGAUCUGCUCAAGAACUUUGUUGCCCAGUAUGUGGACAAGAACAUCUCAGCCCAGAGUCCCUGCCGAGAAAUGUCAAACUGAAACAAGUAGUUGAGAACUACAAGACCAACAGUGCUUUUGGUGAACUUCAGCCCAGCGCAGAAGACAAGAUAACCAAUGAUGAACCAUCUUCAGAAGACAGAACAAACUCUGAUGAGUCCACAUCAACAGAUUGUGGGGAAAACUCUCUUGAGGAGACGGAAGCCGAUGGACGGAGGUCUAGAUUAAAUCCCAUUAUAACUAGUCUUCAAAAAAAGCUUGCUCUAGUAGAUGAUCUGGUCAAUAAAGAAACGGCUAGAGAAGCUGCAGUCAAAGCGGCACAUGCUGAUCUGAGGAACGAUGUGAGCAACGUUCUGGAGGAGAUGGCAGAGCUCCUGGAGACCUACAAAAAGACUGGAAUGAAACUUUUGGAGGUUGAACUGAAUCCCAGGGAAGACGCUGUUGGGAAAAGAGUGCAAAUGCUAUCAGAUCUCCAAAAGCAACUGAGAACGGCUGAACUUCGGGUCAACGCGUUAAUGGACGAGACGGAAGACGCGUGUUUUGGUGACGUCGAGAGCCAAGUUUCCAGCUUGACCGUGGAGCCUCUGUGGGACUUUCCGAGCAAUCUGGAAUUAUCCCGCAAUUUGAAAAAAGUCUGUGAGAAAAUCGAGCACCAAAACAACCAACUCCGUCUUGGACUUGGAUCUGCUCAGAGGGCUUUACGGGUCAUUCUCAACCCAUCCGAGGUGACAUUCAACCUCGACACCAUCCAUCCCAAUUUGGUCCUAUCGGAAGACCUUAAAACCAUGUCUUUUAGCGUCGCCAAACAGCCGUAUCCAACCAGUUCUCAGAGGUUUACCAGUUUUUUCCAAGCUUUGAGCUCCCAGAGCUUCGUCCAAGGAGAGCAUCUCUGGACCUUUCAAGCCGAUGGUUGUCCAUGGGUUCUGGCCGUGUGCUACGAUGAACUUCCCCGAUCCGGUUCUAGUAGUGGUCUGGAGAGCAGCGCUGGAUCCUGGUGCCUCAUGUACUGUGAUAACCUUCUGAGGGCGUACGAAAAAGGAAAGGACACCCCACUUAGACGUACGCCAUCUCUGAAGAGAAUGGAGAUACACCUCAGCUUCAGCUCUGGCACUUUAGCGUUUUACAGCGUUAGUGACGUGAGUGGGGAUAAAACUCAUCUGCAUACCUUUACAGUGAGCUUUACGCACCCGGUGUAUCUGGCCGUGAGGAUGAUGUCUGGUCAGCCCAAAGCUCACAUAACAGUCAACUAGCUAUUUCAUACACCUUACAAUGGACUAGUUAUUGCAGAUGGCAUGUUUAAAUCUACAAACUCUACAAUCUCAUCACCGCACACUGGUACUUAUCGAUAAAGUUUAGUGCACUGCAUUACAGCUGUGUAUUGGGAGAUUAUUUAAAUGGCCAUUAGAGUAAACCAUUUGUUUCUGCACUACUUUCACCGUGUGCAAAUAUAUUUUUUUAAUUCAUAUUUGUCCUUUUCUGAUGAAGUUAUGAUGCAAUACGUCAUUAAUGUUCACCUCUUAUGCACUGAAUGCAUCUUGCUGCACAUAAAUUGUCACGUGCAUUCUGCCUGCAAUGUUUAAUUUAAUCAAAGUUUGGUGUUUCUAGACUCAUGUGAUUCAUUUGAGCAUGUGACAUUAAUACAAGCCUACAUUAUAUUUGCUUGCCAAUUACAACAAUUCUUCUCAUUCUUUUUCUGUUCUUUUAACAUGUUUAUUAAUACCUUUUUCUGUCUACAUUUUAAUAAACAGUAGUACUACAUUUUUCUAA